AUGGUGAGCCAUUUGCGCUGGCUGCUGUGGUUGCUGAGCACUUGGCCUGGUUUUUCUGCAGAACUCAACUCGACGAAUGUAAGUAGCGGGAGCACCUGCUUUCCAGAUGGAAUCGUCGCAGCAAGGCGCAAGAAUGUGACCAACGGUGCCGAGAGCUAUCCUCUUGGUCUUUACGUGAUGGAUUGGGCAGCGGCGCAUGCGACUUCGGCUGUGGCCCAGAUCCUUCUCGAGGAGAAAUUGGGCUACUCGGUGGUACCAGACAUGGGCAUCAGCACACCAGAUGCCUUCUUUGCUUUGGCAGGGUGCCUGCAGCCCACGAACACCACUGAUCGUGGUUGCGGCAGUGGGCCCACGGGUACCUACUACCAUAUCAGUCUGGAAGGUUGGACGCUAGGAUACAUCGAGAUGUGGAAGGAACUUCAGCAGACCUUUCCUGCUACAGCGCCCAGGCUGGUGGGCCAGAUGGGCUACAUGGGAGAGGUGUCCACCUUCAUUCCAAAGAGCGCGCAGGCGAAGGCCUAUGAGGCCGAAGGUCGAUCGAUGGACUUCUACCGGGACUUCAAUGUCUCCUGGAACAAGCCAUGGCGCUAUUUUGGUUCACCCAGAGACGUGGACAAGACACGACUGAUGCGUUGUGAGCUGACCACCCUGAACAGAGCCUCUCCACAAAUGCGCGUCUACGGAGAGUUGCUAGGAGAUUGGGAUGGACUGGUCAUGGAAGGCUCAGGCGAGUAUCGGGCCAAGUGCAUGGAUGACUACUUCUGGUACUCGCCAGCCUGUCGCGGCAACUCCUCCGAGUGCGUGCUGGUGCUGUCGGGUGGUACAGGUUGGUCUUUGGAAGAGUUUAUGCAGAAGGCCGCAGCUUUCAGCAUGCCUUGGGCGUUGUGUGUUGCCGCGAACUGGUCGGAGUACGCCAGCUUGCCCUUUGAUUAUACCAGCGCCUUCUAUUGGUGGACACCAGAUCCCACCUUCCUCAGGAUUGAUCCUACAAAGAUGUUCUUCCCACCGCAUGAUGGACGAGCCUGGAAUCUGGGAGACCGGAGCAGCGCAAAUCAAGCAGUGGCCAUCGACAAGUUUGUCAGCAAGGACCUGGAGAUUUUGGCGCCCGAUGCGGAAGAUCUCGUGAAAGCCUUUAUGCUGGAUGAGAAGUCGGUCAAUGAGAUGCUGCUUGACAGCAUCGACACGGCAGAUUCUUGGCGCUCCAUCGCCUGCCGCUGGCUACAAGGGAAUCCUGCCCUUUGGGAAUCAUGGAUUCCGGACAAGAGCACCUGCUUCGCGCAGUUCGGUCUCUUCCAUGAGUUGGACAACAAGUUUGUGAAGUCGCGCGAAGAUCCCACGCAUUUGACUUGCAGGGCAUGUCCAUCGGGCUUUUUCUCCCAGGAACUCACCGACGGUGUCGGUGUGACCUUCAUUUGUGAAGAGUGCCCGGUCGGCAGCUCUCAAGCGUCUGGGGCUUCUUUGAGUUGUUUGCCCUGUGCAGCCGGAGAGUACCAGGAUACUAUUGGCAGCUUGUCCUGCAAGCGUUGCCCAUUCGCGGCCUAUCAGGAUAUCUAUGGCAGCAGCGGUUGCAAAGACUGCCCUGCUGGGACCACUACGCUGGGUGUGGGCUCAUCCUCCUUGGCCGACUGCGGAUGCGAGUCCGGCAGUAUCAACAUCGCCAGCGAGGCGAUGGUCUUCAAUUGCUCCACCUGCGGCGAGGGCCUGGACUGUCCGACCUCCUCAAGCAUCGCGAACCUGCAGAGCGCCUCCUCUGCGGCGGGGGAGAACUUUGUGCCGCAGAUUGCGGCGGGCUAUUUUGCCACCAAGGAGGAGCCGAUGAUGAUCUACAAGUGCACUCCAGCGGUGAAAUGCCCGGGUGGAAAGCCAGGAGUCUGCGCCGGAGGCCUUGAGGGAAUCCCCUGUGGCGUGUGUCCUGUGGCGAUGACCUGGAGCGAGACCCGCUGCAAGACCUGUGAUGGUGGCACGAUGACCGCAUGGGGCUGCGCUGGGCUCAUUGGUGCUUUGGGCUUGGCCGUUGCCUACCACGUCGUGAACACCUCCAUGACCGCUCAGGCGUCACCGUUUCAAGCCGCGACGAUGUGUGCGAACAUCUUGGUGAACGUCUUUCAGACGAUCGCGAUCUUGGGCAUGAUGACGGUGGCCUGGCCACAGAUCUUCCAAGCCACCACGGAACGCUUCCAGGUGUUCUUGUUGGACUUCGAACGUUUCAGCCUGAGCUGCUUGGCUGGACCAUCGAACGUGCAACGCUGGACCUUCAGCGCCGUGAUGUUUCCCUGUGCGGCGCUUUGGCUUCUCUUCCUCCAGGCGAGCUCCCAAUGCCUCCCCGACCGAUUCAAGCAAUUACGCCGGAAGUUGCCCAAGACCCUCAACACCAUCGGCGUCUUCCUUGAAGCGGGUUUUGGCACCAUGUCAGCGGUGGGAAUGCAACCGCUGAUGUGCUACUUGCACCCCAAUGGGCUCUAUAGCGUGUUGAACUUUCCCAGUGUGAUUUGCCGCAGUGGCGAACAUAUCACCAUGGCCGUCCUGGGCGUCGUGCUGCUGUCCUUCGCCUUGGCUUUCUUGGCCUCAUGUCUCGUGGCGAGCUGGAAGAUGCCGAGCUGGAGUUUGGGGAAUGGACAUGCGUUGGUGCAAAGCUUUCGCUUUCUGACCUCCAAGUUUCGCAUGAAUGCUUGGUGGUUUGGAGUUCUUCUCCCUUUGCGCAGCUUCCUCUUGAGCUUGGCCGUGGUCGUGGCCACGAACUUGCCUCCAGCACAAUCCGCCGCUGCGGCGAUUGUCCUCGCACUCUAUUCGCCCUUCCAAAUCCUCUUGUGGCCGUGGAAAGUGCCCUACAUUAACGCAGCAGACCUGUGGCUGAAUGCCAUGCUCCUUCUAUUGGUGAACAGCUCAGUUGUGGUCGAAGGCACUACUGCGGACGACUGGAAGGAGUUCGGCACCAUCUAUUCUGGGAUGAUCCUCUCAUUCAUUGCCUUGGGUGCCUGCUUCAUGAUCUUGCGCACCGCCGCGGCGCUCGUGCAGCGGCACCUGCUGAAAAACAGCGGCCAGGAAUGGAUCGACCCAGAAUGCAGAGCCAUCAGUGGGAAGGCAGCCAAGGCAUUGAAGCGCUGUGCGCAGGACCUGAUGGAGAUGGAAGUGGCCACUUUGGAGGGCGAAGUGAUGCGCAUGAAUGCUUCUGACUUGAAGAUCAUUACUUCGGCCAUCACCUUGAUUUCCAUGGAGAUUUGUCCAAGCAGUGAACAGCAGCUCUUCCAUACGCGCGUGGCCCUCCAAAGCUUCAAUCAACGGCUUACACGGGUGACCAAUGUCGAUCCGGGUAUUGUCCUAAAGAUGGCAGAGGACGAGGAUGAGGACGAACUUUCAGACCGAAACGUGGGCGCCACGUCUCCGGCACGCGACCAGAGCGACGAGGGCGAGGGCGACCAGGGCGAUCUGCAACGGCUCAGCUUCUGA